AGGAGAUGCAGAUACCAACGAAACGCACCACCAAGCCACGACAGGCCCCUGAGGGAGCUGACCCAGGUUAUGGGGCAGGGACCUACUAGUGCCAAUGCAGUGCCACCUGCAGGACUCAUAUUUCUGACCAAUUAUAUUAGGCGAUCUUCAUGGAACUUGCACACCAUAUUGAGCCCAUGCCUUUCUACAAGGGUGCAAAUUUUGAAUGAUAUUGGUCAACAUCAACCUCACCCACAGGUGGCUCAACUUUGAACUUUGUUUCUGCAGGCUGAGAUGAUGAAACUUGGUCCAGUUGCAGCACCUUUCACAUGUAUCAGGAUAAUAAAUUUUGAAUACCCUACGACAAUUUUCAUAUAUCCUGGUCACAUACCCCCUGAAGACGAAUGCAGAUGGCCUAUUAGCCCUUAUGUGGCAGCUCCUAUCUAUAUCCACCCAAACGCCUUCAUAUAUCUGUGUAACCUACGUUUGAACCAAAUCGAGGGAUCCUACGUCUAUUAUGUUACCCGGUUAAAAACUGACCAGCAGCAGCUAUGGAUAGGCUCGGGACCAGCUGCAGUGAAGGCUGUGUCGUGUGUGGAAGUGAUCAAGAAGCGAAUAGCAAACCUCCACCAAAUAACUCGGCUUGUUUAUAAGAACAGGGUUGAAGAAUACUGGGAGCCCAAGUUAGACGGCUUAGAUCGUUUGAGAGUGGUGAGGGAGGUUCCAACAAUAGUCAUUUUACUUUCUAAAGAUCCUCUUGACUCAUCAGUUUUUGGCUAUCAAGCUCCUGGAACUUUGGGAGACGAUUUUUGCAAAUUUGAUGCUCAACAAAAGAGAAGACACAAGGAGCCAAGAGGCAGGCACGAAAAUAGGAAUGGUGCCUCCAGUAACCACAGGAGCCAAAAUGUGACAGGAAAAUUCAGAGGAUAUCAUGAUGGAGGACACUGGGAAGGAGGAAAUGGACAGAGAGAGAAACAAAGAGUGAAUGAAAGAGGGAGGGGAGGGCACAGAAGGACAGUAGAGUCUAAACAAAGGUUUGGAGGUAGUGGGGCUAGUGAUGGCAGUGUGGCUGGUGGUGAUGGGGCUGGUGAUGGUGGGGCUGGUGGUGAUAGUGGGACUGGUGAUGGUGGGACUGGUAAAUAGUUGAAGUUUAGAAGAUAAUGGUACAUGUCCUAAAAUUUCUGAAAUAUUUUGGCAGUGACACACACAAAGCAGUCGAACAUAACAUACUGUAUGCUGUGAUAAAAUUGCUUAGAACUUGAUCUACACUUCAGUAGAGCAUAAUAUAAACCUGAUAUACACAGUAAAGCCAAGUAAUUCUAUUAUAUUGCCUGAUAUUCAAUGUAAAGCUAAAUAUACAAACUCUGUAGCAUAAUGUCAUGCAGUGUAAAGCCUAACAUAGACUGUAAAGUGCAGCACCCAAAUAAUUAGCAGAAUAAAGAGUGGAUAGUGAGAUAUUUACAGGAUUGACAACAGAGAUUACACCUUUGUUGUAACUCAGUCGCUUGAUUUUCAAUUUGAUUCCUAGGCAGAGGAAGAUGUUUAGGCACGUUUCCUUCACAUCUGAUUUGCCUGUGUAUCUAGUAGUAAAUAAGUACUGUACCUGGGAAUUAGUCGACUGUUGUGGAUCACAUCCUAGGGGAUAGUCAGUCACACUUGUCACAGUGGAUGUGUGCAGCAUUACUUAAUCAGUCAGUUAAACACCAUUGGGUAUGGCCAGUAAUUGGUUGCAUGACCAAGUGGUGCAGAACAUUGCCAUUGACUAGGGGGACCUCUAUAAGUCUUAAUAGACUUCCGGUUCAUGAUAAUAGGAAACCUUAAGAAUAGAGUAACACAUAUUGGACAUCAGUGAUAGUUUUUGAAAGCAAUGAUGAAAAUGGUGAAGAGCAGAGUGGUUGUGAGGUCUAUUCCAUUAUUCUUUGAUGUAUGUAAGAAAUCUCUUUUCGUCGCUACAGGCCAGUCCAGAAAGCCAGUGCUUUCAUGUGUUCUCAUGUGUUCUCUCAUUAAUACUCAAGGUGCACAACUUCCAGGAUGUUAAAAGAUUGUUUGAAUUAUAUAUGAAAAUUUGAUGUUAUAAGAUGAGAAUUGUUGUUUUCCUUCCCUCUCCUUUUCAUUUUAUCUUUUGUCAGUUGUUCUGCAACCCUUUACUACCCUACUUAUAUCCUUAAACAGCUAAACACACAAUGGUACACUGUAUCAUUAUGUGUGUUUUUUCUUUACUUCCUCCUCUUACCACCUCUGUUUCUCUGCUUCCUUUCUUUCCUUUUAUCUUUUUGUUAUUAAUAGCAUUUGAGUGUUUAGUUCUUACCACUUUCAUUGUUUCCCUCUAAAUUGCUAUACUGCACUUAUGCUCUUUAAAUAACAUGUGAGUACAGUGUGGAGUGGGCCAGCAUAUUAUGAUGGCCCACAUAGUUAUGAUCAACUUACCUGGCCAUAGCCCAGAGUGGCCCAGGAUAUUGCAAUGGCCAAGUUUUACAUGUGUGUUGUUUUUAGGAAUAAUAAAAAAAAUCUUAAAA